GCGCUCCCAAUAAAAUGGCGGAAAAUGAAACAGCUGUUUUCACGAGCACGAGGACAUCUAACGGAACGCGCGCGCAAUCAGGACCGCGACGACAAAGAAGAAUGGGAGACGUGUGGGUCGAGGACCGAUUGUAUUUGCAGUAGCCGCGUCCGUCGAAGGAAUCAACUAACGAAACAUGGCUGCAGGUUGUUGUGGAACGAAAAAGCAAAAGCUGAACAAUUCGUCGAGUGUUCCUUGCAACGGAUCGGUACUGCAAAAUGGCACGCAUUUAAGAAACGGUGUGAUUGUGAAGCCCGAAAUGGGAUUCUUUUGCUUCGAUGUCCUCUAUUGUCAGUUACAUCAACUUGACCCUCCAAAAUCACCUAACUUCAGUAACGAAGCAUUUCCAUUAUUUGUAACGUGGACCAUUGGGAAGGACAUGAGGUUGAGAGGUUGCAUUGGUACAUUUAAUGCAAUGCAAUUACACGCUGGUCUUAGGGAAUAUGCUACAACAAGUGCAUUCAAAGAUUCACGUUUUAAUCCUAUAACACGAGAAGAACUUCCACGCUUGCAUGUAAGUGUCUCCAUUUUGAGACACUUUGAGGAUGGUGUUGAUUAUUUAGAUUGGGAAGUAGGUGUUCAUGGAAUUCGUAUAGAGUUUCAUAAUGAAAAGGGCAAUAAAAGAACUGCUACUUAUUUACCUGAUGUAGCAACAGAACAAGGAUGGGACCAGAUACAAACAAUAGAUUCAUUGCUGCAUAAAGGGGGUUACAAAGGACAUGUUACCCCAGACAUUAGACGUAGUGUAAAAUUAACACGAUACCAGAGUGAGAAAAUUACUGUAAGCUAUCAGGACUAUAUGACACAUUGGCAUAGCCGGAGUCCUAACACCUCUCAUACUUCUCAUUUACUAUAUAAUAGUUCUCAAUACAGUUCUUAUAUGGCCAGUCAAGAACACGGAGUAGUAAUGACACAACGUAACCAUCCUGCAUUUAUACAUCCUCUUCCAGUACCUCCUAUUUCCCCUGUUAUGGUACCUAUAUGGGAUUAUUCAUCAUUUUGGUGGGAUCAGACGGGUUCACCUUAUCCUCCUCCUCAUCCACACCUUUAUCCUCCCCCUCGGGUUCAUCGUUUUCCGUCGCAAGAAUCGGCCGAUCAUUCAAUUCCGAGAUGUAUGAUUCGGAAAACGAUCGUGUCCAUGGUAGUUGAAAGAGUUAAGUAAGAAGAUAUGGCAGCUGGGUGUUGUGGAACGAAAAAGCAAAAAUUGAAUGAUUCAUCAAGUGUUCCGCGUAAUAAUAUCGUAAGUUUACAAAAUGGUAUUCAUAUGCGGAACUCUAUAAUAGUUCAACCUGAGAUGGGCUUUUAUUGUUUCGAUGUCCUUUACUGCCAAUUGCACCAACUUGAUCCACCAAAACCACCCAACUUCAGCAACGAAGCAUUCCCAUUAUUUGUAACAUGGACUAUUGGCAAAGAUAUGAGAUUACGAGGCUGCAUUGGUACAUUUAAUGCAAUGCAUUUACAUGCAGGAUUACGAGAAUAUGCUACCACUAGUGCUUUCAAGGAUUCAAGAUUUAAUCCAAUAACACUGGAAGAACUUCCACGUUUACAUGUUAGUGUUUCUAUACUUCGACACUUUGAAGAUGGAACAGAUUACUUAGAUUGGGUGGUAGGAGUCCAUGGAAUUCGCAUAGAAUUUCAUAAUGAAAAGGGGAAUAAACGAACUGCUACAUAUUUACCAGAUGUAGCAAUAGAACAAGGAUGGAACCAGAUUCAAACAAUAGACUCCCUACUACAUAAAGGUGGCUACAAGGGAUUAGUCACACCAGAUAUUAGGCGUAGUCUGAAGCUAACUAGGUACCAGAGUGAGAAAGUGACUGUAAGUUAUCAGGACUAUAUGACACGUUGGUAUAGUCGAAGAUGCUAGCAACUGCCUAGGGGUCCUAUUCAAGGGCCCCCCCUUUGCCAAAUAUCUGGCAACAUUUGUUGUCAAAAUACAUACACAUUUAAUUAUUGUUUGCAAUAUGUUAAUAAUCAAUAUCAUAAUAUAAUGGCCAGUCAGCGAUCAUUCAUUAUGAUAAAACCUAAUCACUUUUCAUUUAUACAAGCAUAUAUUACAUAUGUUAGUUUUCAGGCCAUAUUAUGUAUACAAAACUGUCCUAUAUUUUCAGGGAAUUUUGUAGAAUUUUUCUUUUUGUUAAUAUAUUAUCAUUAUAAAAAGUGUCUUCCUCUACAAAACCUUAGAUUAUACUAUGCAAAAAGAAAAAUAACAUUAGCAAUAGUACAACACAAUUUCUUACCAUUUGUAGUGGUGCCUAUUAUAUUUUCUGUGUUUCAUCUUUAUCUCCUUUAUAAUGAAAUAUGUUUGUUAAUAAAGAUAUUAAAUCCUA